GCAGAUAUGUAGCUCCAGAGGUUUUCAGGAAUGAGGAAUAUGAUACGAAAGUUGAUGUCUUUUCAUUUGCUUUAAUUUUACAAGAGAUGAUUGAAGGCUACCCACCUUUCCACGCAAAGGAAGAAAAUGAUGUACCUAAAUUAUAUGCUGCUAAAGAGCGCCCUCCUUUUAAAGCCCCGACGAAGUCUUAUGCCCAUGGACUGAGAGAGUUGAUUGAAGAGUGCUGGAAUGAGAAGCCAACCAAGCGUCCAAGUUUCAAGCAAAUUAUCCCACGGCUUGAGUCCAUUUAUAAAAAGUUUGACUGCAAGAACAAUUGGAAGGUUAUUAGGCCAUUGAGAUGCUUUCAGCAUUUAGAGGCAAUGUGGAAGAAAGAUACUCCAAAUUUAAGUAGCCGGAAUGGUUCAUCUCGGUCAACGCGCCAUAUCUAGCAAGUUUUAUGGAAAUAAGUAAUUUUUCAUUUGCUGAACUGUGCAUAAAGGUUCUCUACUUCUCCACAUUUCUGCAAAAUUCAGUUGCUUUUUAGUAAAAUAGGCUGUUGGAUUGUUUUCUAGUUUCAAAUCUUCUAUUCUUGUCAUUGGUAUGAUGAUCUUUGCCUAAGUUUUAUGUUGUUUUUUGUAUACUAAACUUGAACCCUUUGUUCUUCUUUUUCUUCCAUCUUUUUACAAUGUUGAAGUUUAAAAGGCUUAUGUUUUAUUUUC